AUUGAUGCCAUCUGGUUUAGCGAAAUAUAUGCAUCCAACCUGACUUUUCAGUUGCUUCGAAAAAACCUGACUUUCAGGAACUGUUUCUUUGCGUACCAUUUGUGGUGCUUAGUUGUUUUUCAAAGUUACACUCUCGCUUCGAAUAUUACACUGUUUUCUGAUGGGGAACUUGCUGAGCUUCCAUGUGUGCUGUGCCGUGCAUAUGCUUGCCACAAGUAGAAAUUGCCCUUCGAACAUGCUUCACUCUAUAGUGGUGUUUGGUAUUACUAUAAACAUGUUAUAUCAGAUCAAAGAAAAAGUUUUUUUAAAGAAAAAGAAAAUGCGAGUAAAAUGUCAUAACAGCUUUUUCUCAAGUAAAGAAAAAAGUUCACAAAUGGAGUAUGUGUUGCCACCCUCUGAAAAUAUGCGACAUGAGGAAGGGAGGUUUACUGGGCUACGCUGCUGUAUGGUGGCCCUCUAUGCAAAAGAUCAGCUUUUUUUUUUCUGAAAUUACCGGGACCUCUCUCUAUGCAAUACUGGCCCUGUUUGGAAGCCUGGUUUUAUGACCAAAACCAGUGUGAAUUCCAGACCCGAAAAAUUUUACAUUUGAAACUAAAAUAGGCUGUUUGGGUAGCUUGUAAGUCCACUAAAUUUACCACUGUAUUGGACCAUUCCAACCGGAAAAUAAAAAACGCCUGUCGAGACCCCACUAAAAAAAGACGAAUGUCGGGCGCGUCCUCGACCUCUCGUUGGCGUCCUUGUCGUCCUCAUCGUGCUCCCCAUCGGCAUCACCCCGAGGCUUCCAUGGCGCUCUCGCUCUCGCGCUAUCCGUUGGUCCUCCCCCUUCCCCUCUCCACGGAUCUCUCUCCCGGCCACCAAUUUGUGCCGACGACACAGCCAGCAGAUGCGAUCCAUGCUUGGAUCCACCAUCGAUGCAGAGUGCUGUGAAGGGUAGCAAAGUUGCGCCGGCGAGCCGCAAGGAUCUCACUUUUGGUGGUAGGAAGCUCGAGCUCUGUGGCGGUGGGCUCGAAUUAGGCGGCGAGGAGUUCGAUUGCGGUGGUUCAACCGAGAUUUUGUCUUGUUCGAUACUCUGAUGUCGUGAUUGCAGCUUGCAGGUCCUUCAACUUGAUUGGCGUUUCCUCAUUGAUUUGGACAAGCACUCGAUUGAUGUCCGCAAUCUUUGUCGUCUCCACUCGGCAGCACCCAGCUCGUCAUCAUCUCAGCCUGCAUUUUCUGGUGUCAGAUGCGGAGAUGCCGGUGGCAGAAGGCUCGCCCUGGCCUUCAGACUUGUGGACGAACUCGAGGUUUGAGCGAGAAGGCGCGAGCUGCACAGGCGUUGAGGGCGCGGAUGCGUGGAGCAAUUGCAGCGCCUGCCGAUGUCUUUGAGGACCAUUUACCCAAAUGGAUAUUUUACAAAGGAAAAAAUACAGUUGUUUUGUUGUGCACAAGAUAUUACAACCGGAAGCUAACCACCGGUGAAUAAAAUUACAAAGUGGCCAAACAGGCUCUCAUUCUGUGCGGGCCCUUACCGUGAAUUAUUUGCGGUUAAAAAGCUUCGAUCGAAACACGUUCUCCGGAUUUGGGCUCAGGCCUCAGGGCCCGCAAGCCCUGGACUCCUUAAUUAUCUCAGGUGUCUCCGCAAGCGCAAACAGCCGCCGCCGCAGCAGCCUUCGGAGUCGCCUCCCCGACUAAUUGCAGCCAAGAUCCUCGUCCGGUCCGGCAAUGGAGAUCGUUGCGAGGAGGAAGAAGAGGAAGUCGAAAGAUCGCGACAGCCAAGGACCCCCCGACCGCAUCAGCGGCCUCCCCGACUGCGUCCUGGGCCACAUCGUCUACCUCCUCCCCACCGUCGACGGCGCCCGCACCCAGAUCCUCUCCUCCCGUUGGCGCCGCCUCUGGUGCUCCGCCCCGCUCAACCUCGACUGCCACGGCUUCGGCGCCGGCGCGCGGGCAGCCUGCGUCGACCUCAUGUCCCGCGUCCGCAGGGCGCACGGCGGCGCCGUCGGCCGCCUCGUCCUGUCGACGCCCCGCAGGCCCGCCGUCCAGCCAUACCUCGACCGCUUCCUCGGUUCCCCCGCCCUGGACGGCCUCCAAGAGCUCGAGUUCUUCUACCACCGUUCGCUGCCGACGGCCCUGCAGCAGCCGACGCAGCCGCCGUUCCCGCCGGAGGCGCGCCGCUUCGCGUCCACCCUUUCCGUUGCAAGCUUUGGCUUCUGCCAUUUCUCCGAAGAGACUGCGCGCUCGCUCGUCUUCCCUGUUCUCAAGCAUCUGGAGCUCAAAGAAGUCAGCAUCUCGGAGGACUCUUUGCGGUCUUUGCUAUCUGGCUGCAUGCCAUGUUCUGGAGAGCUUGCAACUGGACAGAACCUUUGGCUUCCGGCGCUUUCGGCUCAUCUCGCCGAGCCUUAGAAGCAUAGGCGUGUACGUCUGUUGGUGUGGGGGAGAUGGUUUUGGAAGAACUCGUCGUCGAGGAUACGCCUUGCCUAGAAAGACUGCUUUUUCCAAUGCUACUAUGUCGCCUGCACGUCAGAGUGAUCGCGGCGCCCAAGUUGGAGGUCUUGGGAUGGCUCCCUGAUUUUCGUCCCAGACUUAAUCUUGGCAUUGAUGUCCCUCGGGAACCGAACACAAACACUUUUAGCUUGAUGAUGGUGAUGCGCUCCGUGAAGAUUGUAGCGCUUCGCACCCAGUAUCUUUCUCUAGAUGUGGUUAUAAACCUCAUGACAUGCUUUCCCUGCCUGACGAGUCUGUACAUCUCGUCAGUUAACAGAGGGGACGAGGACAACAAUAUGUGGCAUGCUGAACAACUGGGUCGCAUGGAAUGCAUCAACCAGCAUCUGAAGAAAAUAAUACUAUCAGGUUAUGUAAUGAACUGUAUGUCACAGGUUAAAUCCAGUUCUUCGUAUUGAAUGCUAGAGUGCUUCACUUGAUGAGGUUGGAGAUACCACCAGUCAUGCCCGCAGAAUGGAUUGAGAUGCAGCCUGAGCUACUCCAGCUCAAGGAUAGAGCUUCAAGUGAUGCUCAGCUUGAUUUUUCCACUGACAGUGCCAGAUGGUUGUGUUGCCCUGUAAAUCUUAAGUGGGUCAGUGAUUUGUCAAGAGCUUAUCCCUUCUUAUCGAGUUCUCGGAACUGGGCAUGAUAGCCUUCUGAAAGUUAUUAUUGCCAAACAUCUUUUCCAACUUGAUUAUAUAGUCUGAUCGUGUUAUCCGAGUUUGGAUGCAUGUACUCUUCUCUUCAAGAGAUAUUGUGAUUUUUGAGCAAA